AUGGCGUCGCACUGGGAAGACACCAGCGCCGCUGCCGCUGAGGAGCAAGGGGAGAAGAAAACCUCCUCGGUGUCGUUUGGUUUCACCAAAACAUUCAAUAAGUUCAAGGUUCCCGCCGCGGACGCGUUGACCAGCAAGGAAGACAAAGAUUUCCUCACCGUCAUCGAUAAGAACGAACUUCACAGUUCAAAACCAACAGAGAAGACCAAGGAGCUCAUCAUCCCUCUGAUCCAGAAGAACCGCUGGCACCGGCCGGACCGAGCGGCACAGAGCGAGGAGAGCGGAGUCAAACCGGAGGAGAGCGGAACCAAAACAGAGGAGACGAGCGGAGAGAAAGACUCUGUGGAGUCGCUGGCUGUCAAAGAACUCAUCGAGGAUUCACGGAGGCAGCUUGAACAGUGGGAGAAUGGCCCCCAGACACAAACUGACCCGAAUCUCAGCAUCCCCCUGUUGAUGCUAAACAAAGUGCCCGAGGGCUUCGAGGACAGAGACCACGUAGCGGGGGAUCUGCGGCCUGAAUCCUCAACAGAGGCAGACUAUGCGAACAUUCCUGUUGAGGCUUAUGGAAUGGCCUUGCUGAAGGGGAUGGGAUGGAAAAAAGAGGAAGGCAUUGGCCGCACCUUCAAACAGGAUGUGAAGCCAAUCGAAGCCAAGGUGCGUGCGAGAGGCUUGGGUCUUGGUGCAGAUCGUGCAGAGAUAAAGGAUUUGGAGCCCACCAGACACAAGCGACCCCCCAAGCCAGGCGAGGAGCGGGAGGAGGAACAACUAGUGAUGGGUCCCGGGGGCUGUGUGCUGGUGGUGUCAGGGGUACACAAGGACCUGUAUGGGAAGAUUGAAGGCGUUGAUCCAGAAAACGCUCGAGCUGUGGUGAAGCUGGCUAUCGGUGGCAAGACUGCGGCAAUCAGCCAGCACGCUCUAAAAGUGGUUGAGCGUAAGGAAUACGACAAAAACAGCAAAGACCUGAGUCGCCUCAGUAAAGCUCACAAGGAGAAGGAGAAGGAGAAAGAGCGAGAGAGACGGGAGGAGAAAGACAAGCGAAGUAGUGGAGACGAUGCAAAACACAAGUCUGCAGAGAGAGAUGAAAGAAAAGGUGACAGGAAGAGGAAACACAGGGAAUCAAGUGCAGACAGAGAGAAGCCUUCAUCUAAAGAAGCCAGGCAGCCACCUGCUCCCCGCCCCUGGCUCCAGAGAGACUUGAAAGUUCGCUUUAUAGACAAAACUUUCAAAGGCGGCAAGUACUACAACUCAAAGAUGUGUGUGGAGGACGUUGUGACACCUUCCACCUGUGUGUGCCGAACUGAAGAGGGGAGACUGCUAGACGAUGUGAAGCAGGACAUGCUGGAGACCAUUGUCCCAAAAAGGGACGAUGAGGCUAUAAUGGUCGUACUGGGUGAACACAGGGGUCAGGUCGGACAUAUCCUCCAACGGGACAAGAACAAGUGCAAAGCGAUAGUUCAGCUCGAUCGAAACGAGCAGGUGUUCACACUGGACUAUGAUUCCAUGUGUCAUUAUGUAGGAGCAACCGACCAAUGAUUGACUUCUUUACAAAUAUCAUGUCUUUUUCGUCUCCCUAAAUGUGGACUUUUGAAACAUUCAGAGAAAUGUCAAAACGUUUAAUGCAAUGUUGUAAUAAAACAAAUUCAAAAGCAGCAAUGAGUCAUUUUCACAGUCAUCUUAAGAUUUAUUAGCAAAUGAUGCCCGAUAGUUGUUCUAAUAACAAGAGGGGGGCGAUCUUCAGGUGAUAUAAAAACAUAUUUACAACUGCUCAACAAAAGUAUAAAUGCCCCCAGUUUUUGACCCGUUCACUUAUUUCACAAUGGAAAGAAAACUUAAUGAAAAGCUGUCAGUCAUUAAUGUAAAGAUGGGAGCAAAGCAAAGAAGAGCUGCGUCCUGGUCCUGGGACAGAAGCUCAUUCCUUGGGUAUCUUGUUGGCUGCGUUGGCCCGGAGCACGGCUCCUGGACUCGGGUACGGCCGCUGCUGGAACAGGGGCCCGGCCGCCGUGGUGUCGGCACCGGUCUUAGCUUCGUUACGCUUGGGCAGCCCGGUGGACCACGACCCCCUGUAGAGAGGAACGUUUGUUAUAAACAGUUUGACUUGUUAUGUUAUGAUGUCUUCUAGAGGGUCAACACUAAGAGUUUAAUGGACGUGAUUAGUUUGACUCUGACGGUGGGAAUCAUGUUUUCUGUCUCUGGGGAAGCUUUGUCAAGUUUGUAAAAAAGCCCUGAUGUCAUUGAUUUGAUUUUGGAGAUAUGUGCUUAUGUAUAACCAAAAGCCUGCAGUAAAAAUAAGGAGGUUUGGUGUUUAGUUUAUCAAAUGAAAUCAUGAGUUAUGUUUAUCUAUGGGAAAUGUAGGAGCCACUGGUUCCAUAUGACAUUGUUACACCUGCUCAUAAAUCUUGUCUCCUCUGAAUGAAGCUUUCUACGUUGUAACUUUACAUUCGAUUAUUAAAAACUACAAAACUGA